CAAUGUAUGUAAUGUUAAUAACUCAGAGUUUUUUCUAACUAUAAGUAAAUCUAAUAAUAAUUUAGUGUUUGAUUUGUUUUGAAUGACUUGAAUAUCAUAUAUAAAAAAGAUUUAGAUUUUUUCAAUUUGAAAGCACUGUUUAAUUGUGAAGUGAAAGUCAAGAUUACAAUUAUAAUACAAGAAGUCAUGGAUACCGAUGAUUAUGAUUUGUCGUACGAAUCCGAUAGUGAAGAAGACAUUGUUGAGGUCGUCGUCGACAACAACGACGGACGUAGUAAAGAAUGUACGGYCAGAUCGAUAGCUGUUGGCGGCGGAGAYCAUUCGGGUCAUAGCGAAGAAGAUCAACUGAUGGACGACACACCACUCGAUAUCGCCGAUGAUAUACUCGAAGCCGAACCCGAAUCAAGUGUUCGUAUAAGAGAUAAAUACCAUGUAUUGAGUUUAGACGAGAUUACAGAACUUAUGAACCAAUCGAUCAGUGAAAUACAGUCCGUCAUCAGUGAUCAGCCAAAUAAUAUUAUAAGAAUAUUAUUGAAUUACUUUAAUUGGGAUCAAACAAAACUAUUGGAAAAGUAUUUUGAUUCAGACAAAGAACAACUCUUCAAUGACGCCCACAUUAUCGAUACGAACAAACCGUCGACAUCUUCGGCCAACAAGAAGAACAAACACAAUGAACUGGUCUGUUUGAUCUGCUAUAAUGAUGUAACCAUUGAUGAUAUGACAUCGAUAUCUUGUGGCCACGAAUUUUGUUUUUAUUGUUGGCGACAAUACCUAACAAACAAAAUUAUUAGCGAAGGCGUCUGUAACGGAAUCAGUUGCGCACAAAACGGAUGCGAUAUUAUUGUCGACGACAAUACCAUUACUAAUAUUAUUAAAAAUGAAAAAGUUUUAGUCAAAUAUAGAUAUUUAAUAACAAACAGUUUUGUCAGUUCAAAUCGAUUUCUCAGAUGGUGUCCAACACCAGACUGUAUGAGUGCCAUCAAAGUUGACAAUUAUAUUGAAUUUAUUCCCAUUGAAUGCAAGUGUGGCGCCGUUUUCUGCUUUAUUUGCGGCGAGAAAUGGCACGAACCGACCCGUUGUGAUGUACUUAAGAGUUGGCAAAAGAAGUGUUUGGGAGAAUCUGGAGAGAAGAUUGACUGCGAGACUGCCAAUUGGAUUCUGUCUUUUACUAAGGAAUGUCCCAAAUGCAAGGCUGCCAUCGAGAAGAAUGGUGGCUGUAAUCAUAUGACUUGUCGUAAUCUUCAGUGCAGAUUUGAGUUCUGUUGGAUCUGUUUAGCCGAUUGGUCCAAACAUGGCUAUCAACAGAGCUGUAAUAAGUAUGAAGAGAGCAAAGAGACUCAGACAGCACGAGCUCGACUCCAACGAUACAUUCAUUACUGGACACGAUUUCAUAAUCAUCAGCAAAGUCUCAAUUGCGAAAAGAAAUUGAUUGCCGAAGUGAACAAUAAGAUGGAAGAAUUGCAAUUUCUGAAAAUGACUUGGGUUGAGGUCCAGUUUCUUAUGAAUGCAUUUACUACUCUAUGUAAUUGCAGACAAACACUUAUGUAUACCUAUCCGUUUGCAUAUUAUCUAAAACGAAGCAAUCAAUCGUAUAUUUUUGAAGACAAUCAGUCGAAUCUCGAAGUAAUGGUCGAAAGGUUGUCUGAACUCAUGGAAAAGGAUCUGCAAGAAGUCAAAGAUAUUACAGAAAUGAAGAAAGAAGUUAUUAAUAUAAGCAGAUAUGUUGAGGACAGACGCAAAGUGCUGUGCGAUCAUGUGGUUGAAGGUUAUGAUCGGGAUAUUUGGGAGUUUGAACGCUUGGAUUAAUACAAAGGGCUACUUAAUCACUGCCAUUAAUGAGUCAAUUAUUACCACAAUUUAUGGAUAAUUUCUAUGAAAUUGCCACCCAUUUGAUUGAUUGUAAAGUUUUAUCUGAUAAUUAUGUAUAAGUGAUCGGUAUAUUAAUGAUUAAUAUAGUAUAUAUAUAUAG